CCAAAAAAAUAAAAAAGUAGUUGGCGAGAGACUUAAACCUCUGCGGAAAGAAAUCCAAUUUAUAACCUGAAAUUGAAACUGUCGCCGGCGAUCUGAAAUUUCCAAGCUCUGAUCUUUCGGUGAUGGUGUCUUGAAAUCUGUGCCCCUUGAUCUCUGUCACCAGUCAUCAACUGCUUAAUCUGUCGGCAUGGCCGCCCCAUUCUUUUCAACGCCUUUUCAGCCUUUUGUUUAUCAGAGUCCCCAAGAUGCUUUAACACCUUUUCAGAUUUUAGGUGGUGAAGCUCAGAUAGUUCAGAUUAUGUUGAAGCCCGGAGAGAAGAUUGUGGCAAAGCCUGGUUCGAUGUGCUAUAUGUCUGGGUCUGUCCAAAUGGACAAUAUUUACGUUCCUGAAAAUGAAGCUGGUAUAUGGCAGUGGCUUUUUGGAAAGAGUGUCACCAACAUAGUUCUACAUAAUCCCGGUUCAACUGAUGGAUUUGUGGGGAUUGCUGCACCUUCUUUAGGAAGAAUCCUCCCGAUUGAUUUAUCAAUUUUUGGUGGCGAAAUGUUAUGCCAGCCAGAUGCAUAUCUUUGUUCAAUUAAUGAUGUAAAAGUCAAUAAUGCCAUUGAUCAAAGGCCUCGUAAUAUUAUUACCAGUAUAGAGGGGUUUCUGAGGCAGAAGAUAUCUGGCCAAGGGCUUGCUUUCGUAAUUGGUGGUGGUUCUGUUGUACAGAAAAACCUUGAAGUGGGAGAAGUACUUUCUGUUGAUGUGCCGAGCAUUGUUGCAUUAUCAUCAACAAUCAAUGUACAGGUCAAAUAUAAUGGUCCGGUUAGGAGACUGGUAUUUGGGGGUGAAAAUCUUGUAACUGCAGUUCUCACUGGCCCUGGUAUCGUUUUCAUUCAGAGUUUGCCUUUCCAUCGACUUUCCCAGCGCAUUGCUAGGGCUGUUACGUCACCAAACAUGAGAGACAAUCCAAAGUUCUUCAUUCAGAUAGCGAUCUUCUUCUUUCUAGCUUAUGUUGUUGUUGUGUCAUCAUUAAUCUUGACAGAUAUAUAGUUGGUUUUUGUUUGUUUUAAUUUUGACAUUCCUGUAGGUGGUACUUGCCUUCCCUGCCUGUUCUUUCUAUUUUUGGUUUGGCUAGAUUUAUUUACAAUUACAGGAAGCAUUAGGAAAAGGGUUACAUUAGUUUCAGAGGAUUGGUCUAUUAUGUUUCCAAAGUGUAUAGACAGCCAAACUAACUUUAUUUGUGAGCGUCUUAUUCCAAAGUUUGUUCACCACUC